GGAAUACAAUGCCUUCAACGGAGUUACAGCAAAAAAGACACGCUGUGUAAACGAAGAGUGCCAAAAGGGCGUAUACGAAAGAUUUGCGACUCUGACCAGCCAUUCGCGCCAGCCAUGACCGGACAGAGUCUCGAGGAGCUGAGUGGCGCAUACGAGGACAAUGCCAUCCGCAUCAACGUCGGCGGGUUCAAGAAGAGACUGCUGUCCAACAUGCUGUCUCGCUUCCCCGAGACUCGUCUGGCCCGCCUGCUGCUCUGCCAAUCAAAAGAGUCCAUACUGGAACUGUGUGACGACUACGAUGACACAGAGAAAGAGUUUUAUUUCGACAGGAAUCCCGCUCUGUUCCCCUACGUGUUGAAUUUCUACAACACUGGACGUCUUCAUGUCAUGGCCGAACUCUGUAUCUUCUCUUUCAGCCAGGAGAUCGAGUACUGGGGCAUCAACGAGUUCUUCAUAGACUCCUGUUGCAGUAACGCUUACCACUGCAGGAAAAUGGACACAGACUGCAACGACUGGGACGGAAGCGAGGACGGAGGCAGCACCACCUCUUCUUUUGACGAGAUCCUCGAAUUCUACAACGACGCCACCAAGUUCGACAAGCAGCCCCUAGGGAGCGCCCGGCGGCGCAUCUGGCUGAUGCUGGAUAAUCCGGGUUAUUCCAUAGCUAGCCGGGUCAUCAGUAUCCUGUCCAUUCUCGUCGUACUGGGCUCCAUUGCCACCAUGUGCAUGAACAGCAUGACGGAGUUCAGUUCGAGGGACAGCGAGGGCCAACUGUUGGAGGACCCCAGGUUUGAGACCGUGGAGUACUUUGGCAUCGGCUGGUUCACCUUCGAGCUGGUCACAAGGUUCACCGUGGCGCCUGACCUCGUCCACUUUUUCGAGCACCCCUUGAACCUGAUCGACCUGGUGUCCAUCCUGCCGUUCUACCUGACGCUCGUCAUCAACCUGGUGGCCGAGAGCAGUCCCGCCCUGGCCAACCUCGGGCGCGUGGCGCAGGUGCUGCGCCUGACCAGGAUCUUCCGCAUCCUGAAGCUCGCCCGUCACUCCACCGGGCUGCGCUCCCUCGGCGCCACCCUGAAGAACAGCUACAAGGAGGUGGGCCUCUUGCUCCUCUACCUGGCGGUGGGGGUGUCGUUUUUCUCCGUGAUGGCCUACACCGUGGAGAAAGAAGACAGCGAGGAUCUCUCCACCAUCCCGGCGUGCUGGUGGUGGGCUACGGUAAGCAUGACGACCGUUGGCUACGGAGAUGUGGUGCCGGUGUCUAUCGCGGGGAAACUGACCGCGUCGGCGUGCAUCCUCGCAGGCAUCUUGGUGGUCGUGCUUCCGAUAACGCUCAUAUUUAAUAAGUUCUCCCUCUUCUACAAGCGGCAGAAACAGCUGGAAAUCGCCAUGAGGAGCUGCGAUUUCGACGAGGGGAUCAAAGAGGUGCCUCCCUCCGUCAACCUACGGAACUAUUACGCUCACAAAGUGAAGUCGUUCAUGGCGAGUCUUUCCAACAUGAGUCGGAGUUCACCCAGUGAACACAGUCUGAAUGAAUCAAUACACUGAAAGCUGAGAGAGUUGUGUCGCUGCUCGGAGCCAACGGCCAAAUCAAGCGAGAGAGGCUUUGAGGACAUGAUUGUUUUGUGUGGCACCAGAGAGCAGGGGGAGCUGUCCAGCGUUCUGACGUCGUAGUUGAGCGGCUAACGUGACUGUGCAUAUACACUAUCGUUCCAAACGUUUUCUUUUUAAAAAUGUAACAGACAUUACCCCAUGUGUUUGUUAAAAGUCUCUGAUGAAGGAGACCGACAGUGUAAAUGCAAUAGUGUUGGAGGUCAUGGGCUGAAGUUGUACCCUUGCUGUGUACUAGGGUGUUGUGAUAAUGUCCAAAAGUAUAGCUUUAAUCGUGUCUUUUGAUUCUCCACUGUUGUGCUGCUGUAACAAACCAUGUUAAAGAUGCAUUGUUAUUAUAAUGUUGCACCCAAUAGGCCUGUGUAACUGUUUGUACAACGUGUAAAAGAGUAUGCACUCAACCAACUGUUCUUAAUAAAGAGCACAAGUG